AUGAACGUGGUAAAGCAUCACAUAAAAGAAAGAGUAGAUCUUUCUUUCAUUUAUCCUGAAGUAAAAAGGGAAAAAAGAGAUAAUCCUUCUACUUCAUCAGUUGGAGUACAAACGAUAGACCUUACCUCUGACCAGGAAGAACCUAAAGAAAAAUCUUUUUCAUUUUUCCCCAAUACUGGGAAAAGCUCUACUUUUAAAAAUAUUUUUCAAGAAUUGCCAACUCAACCAAAUUAUGUUGAGCAACAAUGGUUCAAGAUGAAGGAACUAUAUGGCCUUCAAAAUACAGAUAUAAGAUAUAUUGAUUUUACAGGGAUCUUCCCUAGAAUCAAUUAUCUACAAGGAAACUCUCCUGAAGAGAUAAGAUACUGGUAUGAUUUUGGAGCAGUAAAUAAGAUAUAUCUUACUCUACCCGAUUUUCCCGAAAUCUCCUUUUUACCAAAAUGGGUCAAAGAUGGAGUUAGAGAUUGCUUAAGCUCUACAAUAUUCUGGUAUGCAUGGAGAAAAAGGCAUCAUGCACAACCUUUGGGAGAAUGGGGAUCACUGGAAGUCUGUGAAAGGCAGCAAGAAGUCAUGGAGCUACCAUUGUUUAGCUUCUCAAUAGUAGCACAAUCUACUGCUAAUUUUUCAUCAGAUAAUAAACUUGGAGAGGGUGGAUUUGGACCAGUUUAUAAGGGUGUGCUAGAAGGGAAAGAAAUUGCAGUUAAGCGUCUCUCCACGACUUCCAGACAAGGACUCAAUGAAUUCAAGAAUGAAGUGAUUUGCAUUUCAAAACUCCAGCACCGGAAUCUUGUUAAGCUCCUCGGAUGUAGCAUAGAGGGAGACGAGAAAUUGUUGAUCUAUGAAUACAUGCCAAACAGAAGCCUAGACCUGUUCAUAUUCCGGCCUGAACCAACAUGGACAAAGCGAUUACACAUCAUUAAAGGAAUUGCCCGAGGACUUCUUUAUCUGCAUCAAGAUUCACGACUAAGAAUCAUUCAUAGAGAUCUUAAAGCGAGCAAUAUUCUACUAGAUCUGGACAUGAACCCAAAGAUAUCAGACUUUGGCAUAGCAAGAAGCUUUGGAGGAAAUGAGACUCAAGCAAACACAGAGAGAGUUGUUGGUACAUAUGGUUACAUGUCUCCGAAGUAUGCAUUAGAUGGUCUUUUUAACAUCAAGUCAGAUGUGUUUAGCUUUGGCGUUUUGGUGCUGGAGAUUGUAAGUGGGAGUAGAAACCGGGGAUUCGUUCCUACUAAGCAAGACAAUAACCUUAUUGGACAUGCAUGGAGAAUGUAUAAAGAAGGCAGGUCAAUGGAACUCAUUGCUUCAACUUUAGAUGAACCAGUAGAUCCAUCCCAAGUUUUAAGAUCAAUCGAAGUGGGGUUGUUAUGUGUUCAAGAAAGCGCAGAUGACAGGCCAGACAUGUCAUCAGUGGUUCAAAUGUUAUGCAGUGAGGGUGCAUUGCAGAAACCUAAGCAGCCAGCAUUUUUCACAGAAAGGGAAUUUCAUGGUGCUGAUUUCUCUUCAAGCACUUAUCCAACAAGCUCAACCAAUGAUUUAACCGUUACAGAAGUAGUUGCUCGAUAA